ACGUUCCCCCCAUCGUCCCCCGCUUCCCCCGCACCCAGUGCCCGCCAUGGGACGUCGCAAGAUUGCUAUUGAGCCCAUCAAGAAUGAACGCAACCGGAGCGUAACGCUGCAAAAGCGCAAGGCAGGCCUUUUGAAGAAGGCCUACGAACUCGGCGUACUAUGCAGUGUCGAUAUAGCAGUCAUCAUCUUUGAGGAACGCCCGAAUCACAGAGUCAAGCUCUACCAAUACGCUUCCUCCAACAUCGACCGUAUUGUCCAACGCCAGACAAAGUACCGCGGAGAGACCGACACCCUUGGUCCAGCGGACUUUGGUGGCGCUGAGUACGUGCAAGAUGACGACGAAGACGAAGACGAUGCCCACGAAGAAGACGUACGUCCUGCGAAGCGCGCACGUCGUGUAGCCGGACCUCGCGAUGACCAAGACGACGAGGACGACUCGCAGGAUAACCGCGAGCGCAAAGGUAGCACUGGCCACGGCGACUCCAAGCAUGGACCUCCAUCUUUUGACUUCCUCCGUGCUCUUGCAGGGGACGCCGCCUACAACAACCUAGCCGGCUUUAACCCGUCCGCCGCAGGUUCUUUCGGCUCGUCCUCACCCCCAGGCUUCAAUGCAGCGCAAUACGCCGCCCUCGCGCAUCAGGCCGCUCUCGCCCGUCAAGCCGCCAUGCUCCCUAGCUCAUCCUAUCGUCCCGGCCCCUCGCGCGGCGCUACGCAUCCUACUUCCUCAGAACGCGGCGGCAUACCCAACAUUUCCGACCGGGCCCUACUCAACGCAGAACGAAUGGCGCUGGCAUCUGAACGCGAGCGUCAUGCCGCCCUGACCUCCGAGCGCGAGCGCGCCAGCUCCGACGCACGCUUUCAGAUCCCCAGUCCCGUCUCGCGACCUGGCACGGCGGGGCCGGACCUAGACUGGGCGCUGCUCGCCGCCCGCGCGGGUGGGGGAGGCGGUCUCGGCGGUAGUGGUGGCUCGGGGCCAGGCGGCGGCGGCGGCGCCCUCGGCCUCGGCAGCACGCCCACCCCGCUCUCCGUCUUCAACAACCUGCCCAGUCUGCCCUUUGGCGUCGGCGCCUUUGACGGCGACACGUUCGAUGGGCGAGGCGGGGGCGCCGUCCGUGCCAGCAGCUUGUCUGACGCGCGUGCGUUUCCUGGGCCGCUAGGAGGCGGCGGCGACGGGUUCAAGCCGGGCAUUCCGCCGUUUGAGUGGCCACCAGCCUCGGGCGGGAGUAAUAGUAGAAGGAACUCUGCGCGAGAUGGGGACGGUGGAGGAGGGGGCGGCGACCCCCACGGGGAGGGAAAGGACGAUUGGUUGAACUUUCUCUCUGGAGGCGGGUGGCCUGUGAAGCAGGAGGCGCCAUAACGGCGGUGUGAGGAGGUAGCGUACGAGGAGCAGGGCGAGUUAACCGUGUGCAGCGAGGCGCAGGAUGAACGACGCGGCCUGACAGCAAUGGACGUAUAACGCCCUAUGUAUAUGAGCGGCUCGAUAGACGUGUCGCGGCAGUCUCUAUUGUAUGUUCUUGAUUUAUGAUAUGAGAAUUGGGUUCGCAGUCAAAA